CUCACACAUUUCCGGAAUCUCAACAUCUUGUGCAUCAAAACUACUACAGAUCCGCUACAACCAUGGUGAGCUUCUGUCCUAUAUGUGGGAAACCUGUUUAUUUUGGUGAGAAGAAGAGGUCAUUGGGACGGGAUUAUCACCCAUUAUGCUUGAAGUGUCACAGGUGUAAAAGACAGCUAACACCUGGUCAGCAUGCAGAGCAUGAUGAGAAGCCAUACUGCACUAACUGCUAUUUGAGAGAUUUUGGACCCAGAGGUGGCCGAAAACCUGUUGGCCGGACCUAUAACACAGCUACUUCUUAAAAGAGAUACACACAGCAUCUAGAUCUACAAAAAACACCACAUCUCUUUUACUCUGCCACAGUAAACCAUUGGAAAAUACCGACAAGUCGAUCUCUCCUUACCACAGAAUAAAACAUAACUCAGCUCUUAUGUUUCCAUUCCUCAUUAAAACAGCCAGAACCAAAUCAACAGCCCUCCGCGUUGGCAUUCUCUCAGGGAACUGAACUACUUCAUCAAACAUUAUUCUAGAAUUAAGUUGUGUAUUUACUGUUUCAUCAUUUCCUGGCCUUUAGAAUGGGAGAUGUGAAUAUAUCAGACCAUAGAGUAAAACUUAAACUGAAAAGUUUUGGCUUAUACAAACAUCAUGUGUUUUUGGUUUAAAAAUGCAAAGUCAAGACUCUGUAUACCAUUAAUUAAUUAAUUAACUUGAAACACAAUGUAAUUUUUUGUGGUCUAUUAUUGUUUGUUCUUUAUUUCUUUGAUUUGAGGAUCAGAGGCUAUAAAACAAAGGGUUUUUUUUUCAUGAGGCAGCAAAUAUACAAAGCAAAAAUGACAAUAAUUAAUCAUUGUGUCUUUUUAAUUAGAAGCAGAAGCUUGCGUCCCAAACCUCAUGGCGCAUAUGUGAUGGCUUAAUCUUUUUUGUUAUUCAGGAAGAAUACAUAUUUGAUUUUAUCAUUUUAUCUGGGGGGUUUUCUCAUUAGUUCAUUGAAAAGAAGUGUCACUCAGAGAGCUUCCAGCUAGUGCAUUGUCAACUCAUUCAGUCAGAAGUAUAAUUUAAUGUCUCUUAUCCUCAAAUCCAUAAAACAAACUGUAAAAUGUUUUAUAAUUUAAUAAUUAUUGUUUGUAUUGAUCACAUUUUUUAAUGAAAAUUGGAAUUGAAUUAUUAAAGAUGUA